CCUUUAGUCUCCUAUUAUAUUUAUAAAGAAUGCUAACAUGGUCAUCAGGGAUAAGGCUUCUAAUUUCCAACUAGAGUGCUUUACGUUUGUAAAACAAAAAAUAAAGCUGCAAAUAUAUCAAUUCGCAGAGUAAGGAUGGAUGGUACGCCAUUGAAUACCAACUAAAAGUAGAGGUAUUUUCUUGUCUACUCUCCUUAGUUUUUUUGCUUCAUGUGAAAAAUUCUUGAAGAACACUUAUUAUUACAAUAAUUUUUGUUGCAAAUUACUGCCAUUAUGUACUGUAAUUUGUCAAAGAAUCAAGCUUUACCCAUGGCAUUGAGGGUUUCUUCACAACCCAAAAACCCCAAUUCACUUCACACUUCAAAGAUGCAAUUUUUCACAAAUGGGGUUUAUCCAAAACCCUCCUUAAACCCUAAAUGUACUAUUUUAGCUGUCCCUCUUUGUGGGUACUCUCAUAGAGCUCAAAAAAGGGUUUAUUCACUCAAACCCACAAAAAAUUUAUCUAGUUUUGCUAGAUUUUGGGCUGAAUUUGCUUUACCAAAGUCUCAAUUAAGAGAAGUUAGGACAUUCUCAAAUAUGCAUGAUGUUGCUGAGGGAAGUGGUGAGGAUAGAAAUAGAGUGAGAAAAACUCUGCCUUGGUUAGCUGAUAGUAAAGCUGAGGUAUCCAAGAGGAGGGAGAAAGUUGUGAAAGUGAAUGCCGGUAGUAAAUCGUCUUGGGAGGUUUCGGCGGAGAAGCUUCUCAAGAAUAGCAGUAGUUCUUUACCUCAGGAUGAGCGGAGGAGGAGGAGACCGGUUGAAGUGGCAGAAAACUGGCAGAAGCCGGUUUUUGAAAGGAAUGAUAAUGUUGAGGAAGAUGGUGAUAGUGAAGUGAGUGAUAAUCCUAAAUGGAAUAUGAUUAAGACUAGGGCUGGUAGAAUGGUGAAUGAUAGAGCGAGUUUCGAGAAGCCUGGUGUGCGAAGGUGGGAUAGGCAAGAAAAUUGGGGUAAGAAGACGUAUAGAGAAGCUCAUGAGUCGAGCCUGCCAAAGAUGGUUGGUGAAGGGGUUUAUGGGGUUGGACCAGUUUUGGCUGCCUUGACUGCUGGGAGAAGAGAAUUCUAUACACUAUAUGUUCAGGAAGGGUUAGAGUUGAGUAAGAAUAAUAAGAAAAGGAAGGAUAAGAAGGGUUUUGAGAAGGUGUUGAAGAUAGCAGAUAAGAUUGGUUUAAGCAUAAGAGAGAUUUCCAAGCAUGAUCUCAACAUGAUUGCCGAUAACCGCCCACAUCAAGGUCUUGUGCUAGACUCUUCUUCAUUAGAGAUGGUGAGUAUCAAGGAGUUGGAACCUAUUUCUGAUGAACAAGACAAAGGUGUUCUUUGGGUAGCUCUGGAUGAAGUGACUGAUCCUCAGAAUUUGGGAGCCAUCAUUAGAUCUUCUUAUUUUUUUGGAGCAUCAGGGGUGGUAUUAUGUGCAAAGAAUUCAGCUCCUUUGAGUGGUGUGGUGAGCAAAGCUAGUGCCGGCUCACUUGAAUUGAUGGAGAUGAGAUCUUGUAAGAAUAUGAUGCAGUUUUUAACAUCGUCUUCUGAAAAUGGUUGGCGAGUUAUUGGAGGCUCGGUUUCGUCUAGAGCUGUUCCCUUGCGUGAGGUUGUGCCUGGAGAACCCACUAUACUUGUUUUGGGGAGUGAAGGAACAGGUUUGAGGCCUUUGGUCGAGAGGUCAUGCACCCAACUAGUGAAAAUACCAGGAAAUAUUCCUGUGGAUCUAUCUUUGACAAGAGCUGAGGAUGAGGUGGAAGCAGAAGUGGAGGAUCGAUCCUCUAGUGAAGAGUUCCACUCCUUUAUGGCUGUGGAGAGUUUGAAUGUUAGUGUUGCAGCGGGUGUUCUUUUGCACCAUUUGAUUGGCAACAAUUAUACAAGUAGUGACCAUCAAGUUGACAUGGAUGCAGACGCCCUUGAUUAAUACUGAGAAAACUUGGCAUCCAACUGUAAGCCAUAUCAGCAUUCAUUUCUUGCCACAUUUUGUUCUCUGAUAUUAGUUACUUAGCUUUUUGUUUAAUUUUCCUUUUAUGGUUAUAAGAAACUUAUUUUUAUGCCUGUGCUCUAAUAAGUUUUGUGGUUCUAUCAAAAUUAGUCUGACAAUUGUACUAUAACUCACCUGCAAUUAUAUGAUAUACAAAAGUGAUUACCAUGCCUCUUAGAGAA